AUGUCACCUCAAAUUAAGCUUUAUCUGAACCCACCCAAGAACAAUCAGUAUUACAGCAAUCAUGAUCACAUAUCAGGAAGUGUAUCUGUAGAUUUUGGUAAGCCUGUUUCCAUCAAGCAAAUCAAUGUGAGCUUCAAGGGGUUCAUUGAAACCAUGACCAAGAUAGAUCCAGUUGUGAUGCGGAAUCAAGCAGCACUAAUGUCACCAAUGCAAGAUGCAAAGACUAUACAUACUUUGGUUAACAUAGGCCAGAAAGUUUUCCCACCAGAGAACGUUUUAAGUGCAAUUGAAGGUGAUCUAAAACCGUUUCAAUUGAAGGAAGGUGUUCAUGAAUACGAAUUUCAAUUACCUAAAGUACCAAAGAAACCAAAGUGCCUUUCCAGUCAUACAAAGGGGCUCAUGACUUAUUUAGAUAAGGAUCGCGUUAGAUUACCGCCAAGUUUUAACAACGACUGGAAAAACAUGCUAAGAUUCGACAAUUUAGAUUUAUUCUUCUACUCCUUUGGCAAAAUCCUUUACAUGGUGGAAGUACAAAUUGAAUUGGGUAAACCCAAAUCUUGGUAUAGACCAUUUGAAAAAGUUUUGACAGAAAUUCAAUUAGUGGAAUUCAUACCACAAUCCAAGGAUUUAACUUUUAAACUAGAUGAUAAACCUUCCAAAGAAGUACUAGAGUCUUUCAAGAAUUCUAAUGGCGAACAAGAGGAAAAAACUAGUAAUAAAUUACAAACUGAAAAAGCCACUGUCCCAACAAAUGCACCACUAGUAGAUGUGAUGACUCAAAAGCCAGAUGUCAGAGUCUAUAGGUCAACUUACAAAAUUGGAUUACCUGAUGAUGAUAGCGUUAUGUGGUUAGAGGCGAGAAGCCCAAAUUUGAGAAGGACAUUUAGAGGAGACCCAAUUUUUGCAGGUGGUAGUGGGAAAUUCGAUGACAUUUAUAUCGUCAUGAUGGGCGACAAAGCAUUAAUAGACAGAUUAAGAGUAAUUCCAACCAGAGUUCAAUUAAACCUUUUAGAAACAGUCACUUAUCUAUCACAGGGAGUCGCUAAUCAAAACGUAUCAUCCCUAAAAUUGGCGGAGGACAGAAUUCCAUUAGAGAAAAGAUCAACAGUUUUAAAGAAUUCUUGGGGUCGAUAUGUGCAAUUUAGUUCUAGUAAUCCUAAUCAAUGCAAAUGGGAGUGUGAACUACGAUUGAAAAACCAUCCAAAUUUGAAAAAAUUGAAAUUUAACGAAGAGGACUACAGACAUCGUGGUAAUCGUCUCUACAGUUUUAAAAGUUGUUCCAUCAAGAGAAUUUUCUCAUUUCAAUUGUUGGUCGAUUGGGAUAUUGUAGGUUUCAAGAGACAGAGUGAAAUUAUAGUGGAUCCAAUACAAGUCUUCGCUGACCGUAACGGCAGGAACCAAGAGGAAGCACUCCCGCUUUAUGUGCCGCCACCUAGCUAUACUGAAAGUACGCAAUACUAA